AUGGGAAAGGAGUUGAUUUGUGCUUUUGGCAUCUCCCCAGUCUUCGGAUCCCCAGCCUCUCAGUGCUCCUCCCCCAGGGCUGACAGGCGGCCGAGGGGCUUAGCAGUGCAUGGUCUGGUCAGCCAGCCCUCCAGCCCUGAGGAGGCCAUCAUGCCCAACCUACCUGGAGAUGAAGAGCAGCCAGGAGAGCCACAGCCUGCCCUGAGCCCUGCUGUCGAAGGCCCUCCCGCUGAAGAGACUGUGUGCGGAGCACCGUCUAUCGUCCUACCCGGGGAUGAGGAUGCUGUCACGCCAGAUGUAGAGAAUGAUAAAAAUCUGGUGAGCAGACCACGCAGUCCUCGUCAUCAGCUUUCUAACCGACACAUGAAGGCUUCCCUCACAUCUCUGACAUCUGUGGACAAUGCAGGCCAUAUCAUCCAUCUGGUGAAUGACCAGCUGCCAGACAUCAAAAUCUCUGAGGAAGAUAAGAAGAGGAACCUCGAGCUCCUUGAAGAAGCCAAGAAAGUGAGUGAGCGUUUCCUGACCAGGAGAGGCAGAAAGUCCAGGAGCAGCCUGCCUGAUUCCCCUUCAGCCAUUUCACCAAACCUCAGUCCUGGGGCUUCUCCUGCAGGGUCCCGGAGCAACUCCUUGAGCAGCCCACCCUCACCAUCAUCAGGUUCUGAGGUGUGUGCUGCCCCGCUCCCUGGGCCAGGAUCUCCGCUACAGAAGGGAGAUGAGCCAUCAUUUCACCUUGACCUACCUAAUGCCACCAAGGGGCUAACAGACCGAAAGCAGAAUGACCAAAGGAAGGUGUCUCAGGGACGACUGGCUCCUCGCUCCCCCAGUGUUGAGAAAUCCAAAGAGACGUUAUCUGAACAAAAAGAAAAUUUUGAUCCCCUUAAACACGUAGAAAAUAGUACACCCAAAGUCCUGGCUUCUGGCAGUGGUGGAGGGAAAAUGUCCCUCAACAGCCCUACAGGUGCUGGUGAAAAAGACCCAGGGAAGCAGCUUCUUAAGAAACCCAAGGAAAGUGACCCUCUCCUGAAAAGCCACCUCCAGGGCCCAGGGCCAACUCCCCAAGGACCCCAGGGAAAAGGCCCAGCUUGGGAACCACCAAACUCCAAGACCCCCUCAAAAGCUGACCUCAAGCCUUCUGGAUUCCGACCCCCUCUUCAGCGAGGGGUGUCCUGGGACAGUAGCCCCAUGGAGCCGGGGCCAAAGGACAAGGUCAUCGCCAAGCUGGCAGCUGCAGAAGAAGAGAAACGUUUUCCCAGCAAAGUUGGCAACAAACUCCCCAAAUCAUCAGGAUUCAAGGAUUUUCAGAUCCAGGUUCAACCUGUGCGAAUGCAGAAACUGACCAAGCUCAGAGAGGAACACAUCCUGAUGAGGAGUCAGAACCUGGUUGGCCUGAAACUUCCAGAUCUCAGUGAAGCUGUGGAACAAGAGAGAGGACACCCCUCUGAGCUUUCCCCAGGCAUUGAAGAGGAAGAGUCCAAGAGUGUCUGUGACGUCAUGCCCAACAUCUCUGAUGUGCUGCUCCAUAAGCUACGAGUUCAUAAGGCCCUCCCUGGCAGUGCUCCUCCGCUUACUGAAAAGGAAGUCGAGAAUGUGUUUGUACAACUGUCCUUGGCCUUUCGAAAUGACAGCUACACCCUGGAGUCGAGAAUUAGCCAGGCUGAGAGAGAAAGGAACCUGACAGAAGAGAACACCGAGAAAGAACUGAACAACUUUAAAGCUUCAAUCACGUCCUCAGCAUCCAUCUGGCAGCCCUGUGAACACCGAGAAACCUAUGAGAAACUGCUAGAAGACAUUGCCGUCCUUCAUCGCCUGGCCGCUCGCCUCUCCAGCCGUGCUGAAAUGGUUGGGGCAGUCCGCCAGGAAAAGCGGAUGUCAAAGGCUGCAGAGGUUAUGAUGCAAUAUGUAGAGAAUUUGAAGAGGACGUAUGAGAAAGACCACGCCGAGCUCAUGGAAUUUAAGAAACUAGCAAACCAGAAUUCAAGUCGAAGCUACGGCCCCUCUGAGGAUGGAGUCCCUCGCGCCACCAGGUCCAUGUCUCUCACUCUGGGAAAGAACAUGCCCCGUCGGAGAGUCAGUGUGGCCGUGGUCCCCAAGUUUAAUGCUCUGAACAUUCCUGGCCAGUCUCCCAGCACAUCCCCCAUCCCAUCCUUACCAGCCCUGGCUGAAUCACCAAAUGGAAAAGGAAACCCCUCAGCUUCCCUGGCUUCACCAGCACUAUUAGAGAAUGGGAAGUCCAAUGGGGACCAAGACUGUGAGGGUCCUGCCCCCAGCGCUCCACCUGCCCUGACCCAGAGUGCUUUGGAGGAGAUCAGCCAAGAGGUCAAGGCCAGGAUCGAGGAGGAGGCAUAUAACAAAGGGUACCAAGAGGGCCUAAAGAAGACCAAAGAGCUUCAGGAACUAAAGGAAGAUGAAGAAGAGAAGACAAGUGAAAGCCUUGAAGGGCCAGAAGGGGAGGAUGAGGAAAAGGAGCUAAAAAGCAGCAAACUUGAAGCCUUGAUUCAUUUCUUACAAAUACUAUACCCCAAGAUGUGCCAACAUUGGAACGUGAUUUGGAUGGUGGCAGCAGCCAUCCUUGUUUUCACCGUUGUGUUGGGCCUAUACAAUUCCUAUCACUCUUGCACCGAACUGUCGGAGGGGGCGUCUGGAAAAGCCACUUGUUCUGCUUCCCAACGGGACUCCUGGUGGAAUUCAGGACUACAACAGGAGCAGCCCACAGAGCAAUAGAGGAUGGCUGGACACCCAGCUGGUGGGUGACCCUGCUCGAACAUGCCCAGCAUGUCACCAUUUUCCAGUUGUUUGAUGCAGUUAGGGACACAGGUGUGUUCAUGAUUUGACAACCGUGCUACCCCAGUCUGGGAAUGAGAGGGGGUGUUUUUCACUCACCAUGACUGAUGGAAUAUGAAGUCCCAAUGAAACCGUCCAGGGGAGAGGUCAAGGUAGAGAGAGAUGUCACUUUCUCCAAAGAAUUCUGCCUUUGAGAAGAGCCUGUUCCAUCAAGCAACCUUCAAGGAGAAGGGCCACAAUGCCUUUAUUGAAGAUCCAGCAUGGCGCUGAGUAUUCUUUCCAUUUUCUAGGCUCUCAGUGGUUGCCUAGGGAGACUUUAGCCUAGUGGUCUCCAUGUCGAUAUCAAACCCGGAGGUAGCAGGGAGGGCAUUGGACUGGGAGUCUGGAAACCUGGAUUCCCAGCCCAGCUCUGGUACUAAUGAGCUGCAUGACUUUAAGCAAAUCACUUUCCCUGAGCCUGACUUUCAUUCUCUGUAAAGUGAGAGGGUUGGUGUCUGAGGUCCCUCCCAACUCUGACAUGCUUUGCUUGCUCCAACUUCCGGCCUCAGCACUACUCUGUACAUUUACCUCCCAUCCCAUCUCCCCUUUUUCCUUCUUCCUAAAGUUGCUUUUCACAAGAGUAGGAAUGGUUCCUCCCAGAAAGUUAUCCAUAUUGUAUGUAUCUCAAAACUUAAAAAGAAAAAGGAAAUCAUGUAUAAAAAUGUUCCCGCAUGCACACACACACACACACACACACACACACACAAUGGCAGAUCCAGCCCUUUGGAGGGAGUCCUUGCUAACUCCAUCAUGAAAGUCAUUCUCCUGUAGAUAAAUAAGUUACCAGGCGUGCUGCAGUAACCAAUAACCCACUUCCUAUGUGAUGUAAACCAGUUUUAUUUUUUUUCAAAGUAUCAAAAGCCCACUGACUUGCUGAGAAUUUUUCAUCCCUGGAUACCCUUUAGAGGGCACCCCCCUUAUCUGUGAUUUUUAUUAAGCCUUUGAAAAUAACUAACCCACCUCCUUUAAAAGAAAAUUCACUGCAGAGAAUGAGUCACAGACAGAUCCCCAGCUUGGGGAAAUGUGUCUUCAGCCUCACACACCUACCACGCAUCAUCCCAUGGGCUCUCUUGGAGAAGUCCUCCCGCCCCGACCCCCAGGAAAUUUUUUUAGCAGUGAGACUACAAAAUCUAAGAGACAGUCUCAUUCGACCCCCCUCCCACCUUGGUCCUGCCUACCUGGGGAGGUGUCUGCAGCUCUGGUGGAAGUUAGAGGUACAACAGUGAUACCCCAGCCCUUCCCCCAUAGGAUUUUUGCACCACCUUCCCUGACUCCAAUAACUUCCCCAACUCCAACUCUAUCUUCCCAGACUUCAAUCCUGGCAACAGGCCAUACAUGAAAGAAGAAACACCUCCUUUGGUAACCUCACUCUGCUUCCUGUGAUGUUUCUCCAUUUCUUCUUGUGUGAAAGGAGACUGAAGACUUCAGAAGCUAGUGUUGUUUCCAACUUAGAGAAUAGUUUGGUUUGAUAGCUCAGCUUUAACAGGACCCACCUGUGCCAAGUCCCAUUUAUGCCCUCACCCAGUUCACCCCCAACUGCUUUCCAUGGGCCAUCCUAAAUAAUGGCUGGAAACUAGCUGAAAGAUGAAGCCAGAGGCUGAUGGACCAAGGAUGUACCAAAAGGUCGAAGAGGAUGCAGGACAGAGCAAAGGAACAUGACCGUAAGGCAAGGCCUCCAGGGUUAGAAUCAGCGUGUCUGUGCAUAUCACGUAUCCUAGAGUGAACUUCCAUAUGGAUUCCCAACGCUGAGCCCAAACAGGACAAGAUAGGUCUGGGCUGCCUCAGUGUCCCCUUUGGGGACUCAGAUGGAGGUCUCUGCCAUUGGUCCCUGGAAAGCAGAAAGCCAGAGAAGGAGCUGAAAGAUUCCUGGAUCCAGGCAGCUGCUACACACAAGGGGCCACAUUCCAGUGUGUGAGGGCACACCAAAAAGGUAUUCCUAGCCCCAUCUUUCAGCCAAAGCCAGGACCCUCACAAAAGAGAGGGGAAGCAGAAAGGGAUUCACCUGGCCCAAAGCCAGGACCUUCACCAGAGAGAGAGAGAGAGAGAGAGGAGAAGGAUGAAGAGCAAGACAUUUUCAAAAAGGCUUGAGGGACAUAAUAUGGUGACAGGGAAAAGCCAUGACCCCUGGUUAAGGGCUUUCUGAAAUGUCAGUCUCCGACCUGAUGAAGUGAAAGCAGGAGACGCCAUGUAUACAGUCAAGGAGCUGACGGAAACACUCCUGAGGACAAGAUGCAGGUUGCUCCUAAUAGUCAUCACUGCUGACAUUUCGAUGACAUCUUAAGGUCAGCAAAGCACUUCACUAGUAUUAUCUCAACUGAGCCUCAGAAAAAAAAAAACCCUACACGUACUGUUAUAUCCAUUUUCAAAGUGAGGAAACCAAGGCUGGAGGAGGUUCAAUAAAAAACGUGUUCAAAAAGCGCCUUUGAUAUCAGAGUUCACUUCAACCUCCCUCAGAAGGAAAUGACUUCUCUCCUAUGAGAGUAUGACAGCUGAGCAUUAGUCCCUGGGUGCCUUUUGCUCUUCUUGUAGCCAUGAACUGGCCACACAAAUAGGUGUCCUUAGGCUCUAAGGGAGCACAUAUAUGUCUGGCUGCCCAAGUGGGAAGGGCUGGUUAGGGGCGCUGGUUCGGGGUGCCAUG